CUGGACAGUCGCGAUGCGUGGUCGACGCCUCUCGUCUCCGCUCGAAGCCCAGCAUGUUCUUGUGGCCGCACUGGUGCUGCUGUCACUCGCCACGACAUUGGUCGUGAGGUGUCUGCUGCUCCAGAAGGACUUGCAGAGCUUCGUGAGUACGCUAGAGCAGUACGCUAGAACGAGAAACGACAUCGUCUUUGUGCUCGACGAGUCCGGCAGCAUCGGUGAGGACAACUUCCCGGCAGAAAGGAAUUUCACGGAGAUGACGGCGCGGUUGCUGACGGUGUCGCCGGACUUUUCCCGGCUCGCGGUGGUCACCUAUGGCAGCGACAACAAGCUUCACAUCAACCACAUCUCCAAUGGCGGCGGCAGCAUGUGCAGCUUCCUACAUGAGCUCAACGCGAUUGGUUAUAGGGGCGGCAGCACCAUGACCAGGGAGGCGCUUAAGCUCGCCAACAGUCUUCUGCGACAGGGCCGCCUUGGUGUUCACAAAAUAAUCAUACUGAUAUCAGAUGGACGAGCAGACAGCGACAACAAGCCCAACGAUUUUGCUCGUGAAUUAAAGCGCAGCGGCGUGAUUAUAUUUGCCGUCGGAGUCGCCAGCAUCAACCGCGCCGAGCUGGAGGAGGUGGCGACAUCGCCCAAACACAUCUACAUGCUCACAAGCUUUCCCUACAUCAAAGAGGUGAACAGCGAUCUCCGCAAAGACAUCCACGAUACGCAGUGGGACAAGGCGGGUCAAUCCGAGUGCCUCAAGGUGGGCAGGGCAUGCGACACAAACGCCAUCUGCGGAUGCGGUGCUCGAAGCGGAACUCACCAGUGCGUAUGCAAAGCGGGCUACCAAGGCGAAGGGACGCGCGGCAAAUGUCAACGUUGCCCACGAGGAUCGUACAAGAGCAAGACUGGAUCUAAAAACUGCGACACUUGUCCGGGCCACUCAGCGACGCCUGACGAAGGAGCGACCAGCUUGGACCAGUGCUCGUGCAUUGCAGGCUAUGAGGGGAACCCUGGCGGUAAUGUGCAAUGCAGCCCCAUCAAGUGCGCGAAGCUCUCCGAUCCUCCUGGCGGAAGCACUCUUCCUCACCCAUGUGGAAAUACUUUUGGCAGCGAGUGCGACUUCAAAUGCAACGAAGCUCAUUGCCCUUAUUCGUGCAACAUGACUGAAGUCCUGGCUGGAAAGUUACCCUGGAACAGCAAGUCUGGAACGUCGCGCGUCUGCCAGGCGAACGGGAAGUGGUCCGGAGGACAUUUCUUCUGCGAAAAGGUGCGGUGUCCAGCGCUCAAGGCUCCGUCCAAUGGCAAACUGCAGUGCUCCAGCAACACGUUCGAGUUCGGCACGACGUGUGAGGUCACGUGCUCGAUGGGCCACAACCUCGUUGGCAACCCCACCCUUAUCUGUUCGACCAAAGGCACGUGGAUUGGUCAGCUGCCAAGGUGCGAGGGCGUAACGUGUCCGCCUCUCAAAGUGAACAAAAAGAUGCGAGUCUCCCCUUCUCGCUGCCGAAACAAGACGAGCCUUUACGGCUUUGUGUGCAAGUAUGAGUGCAUACCAGGCUGGCGGCUGGUUGACACGGAAACAAACACUGCAGCCGAUGGCGUACGGAAGUGCUUAGAGGAUGGAAAAUGGAAAGACGCGGGACAGAAGAUAACGUGCCAAGACGUGGAGCCACCUGAGAUCAAGAACUGCACUGAAAACUUGCAAGUGAACAACGCGCCUCACAAUUCCCUGUCAAAUCCGGUAAAGUGGAACUUGCCCCGCGCCGAGGACAAUUCUAAGCGUGCUAAAGUGAAACUAGUUUCCCCAACUUACGUCAAGGAACUGCCGUGGGAAUUUCCCAUAGGGGAAUACGAUAUUCAAUACGUCGCCGUGGAUGACGCUGGACUGGAAUCGAAACCAUGUGCCUUCAAGCUGACUGUAAGGGAUGUCGAGGCGCCUAAAGUAACAAGCUGUCCUGAUGAUAUCAUCCGCUUCUCAGGGACCGCAGACACUAGCGUCACCUGGGAGGAACCCACCUUUAAGGACAACGGAGGAACUGUGACCGUCACUACAGACAGGCCACCGGGAAUUUUCAGCUGGGGCGCAGCAAGCACCGUGAACUACACUGCGACAGACGCCGCCGGAAACAGUGCGUACUGUACAUUCAAGGUCAUCGUGAAACCCCACAAGUGUCCCUACGUCCCCCCUCCUCGGAAUGGUUACUUGGCGUGCGAUGAGCAUAAUCAGCGUUGUAGUGUAUACUGCCAGGAUGGCUACAACUUCCCCACCAAGCCUGCUCCUAUAUACGCCUGCAAGCAAACGACCACAGAGGGAAAAUGGAUCAUUCGUUCAAGAAGAAAAUUUCCAUUUCCGUGGCCUGACUGUGCAGGUGGGUCUCGUCGCGGCUUUCGGGCGAUGUGCAACAAAGUGUACUACAUUGUUAGUCUAUUAGCGCGUUGGAGGGUCCUGGGUCUGCCGCUCAACAAGAGCCGCAAUGACGAGACCAUCAACAAGCUUACCACCAAUGCAAUAGACGCCAUCCGGCUCAUACACCGAGUCUCUACACGACGGGUGGGCACGCGUGAAGACAUCCUUGUGCGCCUUGUCCAGUCGCUCGUGAUCAGUUACUUCGCCUACAUUGCGGCCUACCUCAACUGGCAGGUCACUGACAGGACCAAGAUCAACACGCUGACCAGACGGGUUUACAAGAUGGCGCUGGGCUUUCUGUCUUACACGUCUAUAUACACAUCAGAAAAAAGCAAGCAAGCAAACGUCACCGUCGAGUUCAAGUUCAAGACAAAUUCCUGCCAGAUGAGCGACAAAAAGAUGAGAAUGUUACAGGAGAAGUUCUACGCGAUGCUUCAACAACGAGCAAAACUUGUACAUGGCUCCUGCGAUCCCAGCCGCGGCUGCACGGUGGAAAAUGUUUCCAUCCAAUGCAGACCGCAGAAUUUCUCGGGCAGCACCACUCCGGCUACAAAUGGCCAGCGACCGGAGAGACGGCUUACGAAACGGCUUACGAAACGGCAGGCUGAGGUCGGAGGCGGAGAAGACGAGUUCGACCUCAUAAUCUCUUUCGAUUUUCCACUGGACACCGACUUCAACGCCACUCACCUGAUUGAGGGUUGCGAGGAUUGCAAGAACGCUAGCGUGGUUCAUCGAAGCGACACGGAGACGACUGCAUUGGGACGAGCGGUGGAAGCGGCGUUGAGCGAAGCGGUCCAAACUACAGUUGGCGGAACGUUUGCUGGAGCUACGCUGGUAGAGACCACGCAUUCGGUAAAGUCUGCUUGCCAGAGAGGGCAGGUGUCCAAUGGACUGCACUGCGUCAAUUGCCCUGUGGGGACCUACUACUACGAGAGCACGUGCGUGGCGUGCCCUAUAGGAACGUACUCCGACAAGGAAGCGGCCGAAUCCUGCUCUCCAUGCCCGGAAAACAAGACUACGCUGGAGGGAAACACGGGCUCCGUGUCUGACUGCCUAGCGCUGUGCGCACCUGGCACGUGGUCGAGGACCGGCAAGGAGCCUUGCAUAGCGUGCGACCCGCACUCCUACCAGGACCAAGUUGGCCAGCUUUCCUGCAAGAAGUGCACCCUGGGCUUGUCGACGGGAUACUGGGGUGCUAGCUCUUCUUCCGAAUGCCAAGGUGUUUGCGACCCCGGGACGUACUCGGCAAAUGGUCUGGCGCCGUGCAAGCCUUGUCCCCUUGGCAAGUACCAACCGUCCGCGAACCAGACGUCAUGCCUAAAGUGCGACGAUGGGCUCGGAACGUAUGCCGUUGGAUCGGUGAAUGAAUCUGACUGCGUCGCGCUCAGCUACUGCAGCGAGAUGCAGCCGUGCGCCAACGGGUCGACGUGCGUGGACGAAGCGAACGGAUUCAAGUGCGUGUGCCCCGAGGGGCUGCGCGGACCGCGCUGCGAGCAGGACGUGGACGACUGCGAGCCGGGGCUGUGCCUGAACGGGGGCACGUGCGUGGACGGCUUCAACGCGUUCAGCUGCCUCUGCCCUUCCGGCUACGCGGGCACUGCGUGUGAGAUCAACGUCGACGACUGCGCCUCAGCGCCCUGUUUCAACGGCGCAACCUGCAUUGACGGCAUCGACACGUUUGCCUGCAAGUGUGCUAAGGGUUUCACGGGCAAGCUCUGCGACGCGACGUUCCAUGACUGCACCACGAAACCAUGUCGCAACGGAGGCUCGUGCUUCGAGAGUGUCACGGGAUUUCGAUGCUGCUGUCCGAAAGGAUAUCGCGGCAAGACUUGCGAGCUAGCGGAACACGCUUGCUUGCCCAACCCGUGCCAGAACAACAGCACCUGCAAAAAGAAAGGCGACUCGUUCCAGUGCGCAUGCGCGCCGGGCUUCGCGGGCCGCCGCUGCGAGAGGAAGGUGGACAACUGCGCUUCGGCGCCGUGCCUCAAUGGUGGCACGUGCGUCGACAGACCCGCCUCUUUCUCGUGCCGAUGUCACGGGCUGUACACGGGGGCCACUUGCGGGGAGGUUCUGACGUCGCAGUUCACGCUGCACUUUCGGGAUGCCUCCGUGCUGAGCUACGCUGCGGUUCCCGUACAGCGCUACCUCCGCGCCCUGACGCUUUCCUUCCACAUGAAGACGACUCAAACUCAGGGGCGCGGUACGGUGUUCUCGUACGCAUUCGUCAACCUGCGCACCAAGCAAGUCCAGGACAACGCCUUCACCAUCUCCGACCCCAACAAGCUGCUUCUCUACGUCUACGGCGAGAGCUACGAUACCAAGGUGGUCGCAAACGACGGCCAUUGGCACCACUGCGUGGUGUCUUGGGAGAGCGCGGACGGUCAGUGGAUCUUUUACUGGGACCAGCAAGAGAAGAUGCGUAACUACAGGGCUACCGGCGAGGUCGUCUUCCCUGGAAUGCUCGUGGUAGGACAGGACCAGGACGACGUGGGAACGGCUUUUAGCGGCGUCGAGGCCUACUCCGGAUAUGUGGCUGAGCUGAACGUGUGGGAUUACGCCAUGUCGCCUAGCGAGGUCAGGCAACUAUCGCAAGCAUGUCGGCUAGCGGGCAAUGUCGUUUCAUGGCCUGAGCUGCGCCUCGCUGCCACAAACGGCAUUGUGAUCGACGACGACUGGGAGCUCUGCAAAGACACCUACGGCGGCCAAGACAAGAAGCAGGCCGUGUCCUGCCACAGCGCAUCUGCCUCCUUUGAGAACCGUGCAAGUUGUUCCAGACGAGUGAAAUCCUGCAGCGCCAAUCCAUGCAAACACGGUCAGCCGUGCAUUGAAAGGAGCGACGGUUCGUCGGAGUGCAUCUGCAGCGCAUCAUACGAAGGCAGAUUCUGCGAGUACGACGUUGACGAGUGCUUAAUAGGAAGACACAACUGUUCCCACGUAUGCAUCAACAUGCCCGGGUUCUACAAGUGCGCAUGUCCAGAGAGAAUGAUCCUUAGCAACGAUGGCAUCACGUGUGUGGAUACCAGUUAUUGCAUCGAUGUUUCGUCGGCGUAUGUGGACGGAGAGUCGUGGAAGCGUGGCUGUGAGACCUGCAAGUGUGACAAGGGAGUGGUGCGGUGCUCACCUUUGGCAUGCCCAGCGCUGACCUGCCCCGCCGGAGAAAUUCAGUUCAAGAACCCGUCUCAGUGCUGUGGGUCCUGUAUCAAAGAACCGCCGAAAUGCACCCUGCUGCCAAACAGCACUCUGGUCACUUUUGAUGGACUCUCUUUUUCGCUCAACAAGAAACGCAAUUAUACCGUAUUUCAAGACUGCUACCACGGUAAAUUCUACGGCUAUCUGACCCACGUGGGAAAGGAGGUCGCAGUUCGCGUGUACAUACACUGCCUAACCGUCACGCUGUUCUCCGGUGGUCGGGCGUUGGUAGACGACCGCGACGUCCAACUGCCGCACCACGAGGACACCAUCAUGUCCAUCGACUUCGGCAAUGGCAGCAAAGUGGUGGAGCUGCGCACUCAUCACGGCCUGGUGGUCGCGGUGCGCAAGGACGGUGCCAUAGUGACGUCACUUCCGCACGGAUAUGCCGGCCAAAUGUGCGGCCUGUGCGGGAAUGCCAACGCCGACGUCCGAGACGACUUCACCACCAAGCACCACGUCAGCGCCAAAGGCAAAUCGGACUUCCUCGCCAGCUGGAGUCUUCCCACCCCCGCUGAACGGCAGCGAGGCCGAGCGCCGCCAGCGUGCAAAAAUCGACCAGCCCAUGUCGCUGCUAGAGUUACCGAGAUGUGCAGAUACAUGAAGAAUGACAGAACUCUACAAGUCUGUUUCACGAGUCUCAAGAAUUCAUGGGCAUUGCACGAAAUCUGCUCCCAGCAAAUGUGCUCUUGCUACGGAAGCGCCUUCUGCUAUUGCGACGUCUACGCUGUAGUCAAACUGGCCUGCGAGCAGCACAACGUGUCAUUAAGCCACCUGCCAGGGAAAGCUUGCGAAGGACGCUGUCCGCGAGGUAUGGAGUUUCAGACUUGCGGCCCCGUGGUCACUCCUCGAUGCUCAGUGCGCAAGAAGAUUGCCGACGGACCAUGCGUGCCCGGCUGUUUCUGUCCUGUGGACCGAGUCUUGCACCACGGGAGGUGCAUAAAGAAGGACGAGUGCCCGGCGGAAUCACUGACGCAGUUUGAAAGGACUUAGCCAAUCACCACGACGAAAAACAUCGAACCCGCCAUCUCAUCUUUGUCAUUGGUGCUCAUCUUUGGAACAUCGGCACCUUCUUGCGGAAAAAAAUAUUUGUAGCUGUAAAUGAAAAAUUUUAUGAUGC